AUGUAAAUAAAUUUUAAUAAUAAUGAAAAUUCAAACCAUAUUUAAGAUACAUCUACAAGCGAAUAUUAAUAAAAAUGUGGGAUUUAUUAAGAAUUAUUUAAGCAACCUUAAAUAGUCUCUUAAAAUUCCAUUUAGUCUUAAAAUUAUGUGAUGAGGAAUGCAAAUACUGUAAGUCCAGCUAUGUUUAAGUAAAAAAAGAGAGUAAAUGAGCCUAUUUUGAGCAAUCCUGUAGUUAUAAUGAAAUAUCAAAUGAACUAACGCUUUUAAAAUCAACAAACUAUAUAAAAUUAAGUAAGAGAGAAGACUAAUUCUGAUUAAAGAAAAGAACUUCUCUCUUUUUUCAACGAAAAUAGAUAUAAGUAUUUCUCUAAUAAUGAUUUAAAUGCUGAAAAAUUCUUUGUUACCAGGAAUAGGGAAAGAAUAAAAGACUUAAAUUUUGAAAGGAUUGGUAUUUUUAAAUCAAAGUAACCUCAAACACAUGUCAAGCAUUUGAGAUUUUUCGUUAAUGACCUCAAAAUAACAGAGCCCAGAUUUUAAAACCCCCUCAAAAUUGAAUAGGAACAGCUUUCUCAAGAGUAAAGUUUUAGGAAAGCCUCUCAUGCUUCUCACAACUCUAAGCUUUCAUCUUCUGAUUUAGUCAAAGAAACUGUUCCAAACUUCAAAGAAGCUCCUUUAAAUUCUUUAAACCAAGUACGAUAUGAAAAUAUUUCUAAAGGAACAGUCAAUUCCCCUAUAAAUAAUAAUAUAGGUAGCAAUUCAUUCUCCUUUGGUAAUUUGAAUCCAAGCUAAACAUAAAUUUUAAGUCCUUAAGAAAGAUAUCAAGUUCCAGGUUAAAUGUAAUAAAUAACACCGACUCAAUCCUAUUAAAAUACUCCAUCAAAGCUCACAGCAGCUGCAACAUCUCCAUAACAGAGUUCAGGCUAAUCCAAAUUUUAGUUCAUCAAUAUAAACAAUAACGAUACUAAUGGAAAUUAGUAAUAUUCUAGUUAUGAAAGUGUCUCUGAUAAUAAAGACACAGCUAAUGUCAAAAAACUAAAAUAAUAAUAUAUGAACUUUGUGUAAUAAAAUUUUAAUCCAAAAUUGUAAUAAGCUAAAUUAGUAAAUAAUUUGAUUAAAGAAGAAAAAGAAGAAUCAAUUAUAGAAGAAGAACACAACUAAAAAUAAGAUCAUUAAAAUUAAACAGAAGCAAAUUUGAAAAAACUUACAAUUUUACUCAAUUCUGAAGAUGCUUCUGAUAAUAGAAAGUCAGAUAAUAGAUUGCCAAGCCUUAAAUAAAUAAAAAAUAAUAAAAAGUAAAGAGUAAAUAUAGUAGAUGAGAGAGAUUUAGCUAAAAAUAUAAAUUCUUAAUAAAAUAUUGCAAGUGAUAGAGAUAUAAAUAAUAAUAAAAAAUUGACUUCUGAUAUAUUCAUUCCUUUUACUUCUAAGAACGACAUAAUAUCUCCUAUUAAUUAGCAAAACUUGAAUAACAAACUUUCAUUGAAUAAAUUUUAAUAGAAUUUGGACAAUUAAAAAUCUCAAAAUUAACUACUUGCAACAAAAAAUUCUAUUGAAUUCGAUAACAAUUAUAUGGUUUGCAUGUAAAUCGACAAAGAAACAGAUAAUGAAUACAUAUACUCUAAAUAAUUUUAAGACUAAAUAAGGUCGCUUGAAGAUGAACAAAAAAGAUUGGAAUCUAUUGAAAAUUUAUUUUUUUUAAAACUGUCACCUGAAGAAUAUAACUAUUAUCAUUCAGAGAGCUUUAAAAUCCACAGAAAAAAGAUGUUGCUAGAUACUAUUUUGAAAAAUAAAAAGAUAACAACAAGAGAUAAGAAACUCAUUUUCUUAAAUUUACUUUAUCAAUAUAACAUUAAAUCACGCUUGAACUCUAAGGAGUGGUGUAUUGAAAUGACAAACUUUUUAAUGAAAAACAAAUUUAAAUAUAACCUAGACGAGGCUGCUAAUAGAAAAUAUGAGAGGGCCCAUUAAAAAAUUGUCUAAUUACCCACAUUCCGUGAUGCUAGAGGAGAAAUAUACCAUGAUUCAUAUAACUUUUUCCAUUAAGUAGCCUCUCCAACUCCAAUUUCUACAGAAUCAAAUGAAGUUCAUUACUAUACAAACGAAAUAGACACUAUAAAUUAGCUAAAUUAAGGCAAACAAAAUUUAAAUAUUAAGAGAUUUAAACCUAAGCAAUUAUCUAAAACUUAUUCUCAUUUUUAGUUCUAAAAGAUAAAGUAUUGA